AUGGUUGCGCAGCAGCCCCAGGCGCAGGAGGACAAGCCUAGGCGCGGCUCGACCUCGCUCGCCAGUAGGAGACGUGGCUCCGGCACAGAGAAGCUCGACACGCAUAUUGCAUCGUGGCACACGAGGACCCACGAUGGCGGCAAGACUCCUCACGCCCGAGAGGAGGACCUGAAGAAGCUCUACGAGAAGUACGAGAAGAUCUUCUCCAUCACUCCGCAGAGGCUGCGCAUGAUCACGGACCGCUUUGUCGGCGUGCUCGAAGAGGGCCUCAAGAAGCCCGAUCAGACCGUGCCGAUGCUUCCGGCCUUUGUCUUUGGCUGGCCUACGGGAGAAGAGGUCGGAUCGUAUCUUGCCCUGGACCUCGGUGGCACCAACCUGCGUGUCUGCCACGUCGUGCUCAAGGGACAGGGCAAGUUUGAGAUUACCCAGACCAAGUUCCGCCUGACAGAGGAGCAGAAGCAGAUCGAGGGUCAGGAGCUCUUUGACUUCUGCGCCGAGUGCCUCGACACGUUUGUCAAGGACCACUUUGGCGAUGCCAACGGCGAGGUCAUCCUCGAAGAGGAGAUCGCGCUCGGCUUCACCUUCAGCUACCCCAUGUCUCAGGAUCGCAUCGACCACGGCAAGCUGAUUCGAUGGACCAAGGGCUUCGGCAACCCCAACACCGAGGGUCGCGACUGCGCCGCCAUGUUUCGCGCAUCGCUCGAGAAGUACGGCGUGCCAAUCAAGAUGACGUCGCUCAUCAAUGACACGACGGGCACGCUGAUCGCGUCCAACUACGUCAACAAGGACACGCGCAUCGCCUGCAUCUUUGGCACCGGCUGCAACGCCGCCUACAUGGAGCACAUCAGGGACAUUCCCAAGAUCAACGACCUCGGCCUGCCGGGCGACCAGGACAUGGCCAUCAACUGCGAGUACGGCGCCUUUGACUCUUUUACCCACGAGCACAUGGCCGAGAUCCGGACCAAGUACGACGAGCACAUCGACCUGCACUCGAACAAGCCGCACGAGCAGACGUACGAGAAGAUGAUCGCUGGCCUCUACCUCGGCGAGCUGUUCAGGCUGGUGCUCAUCGAGCUGAGCGACGAGGGCGACCUCUUCCUCGGCCAGAAUACGUACAAGAUCGAGAAGCCGUACGCGUUCGACACGGCCUUCCUCUCGCUGAUUGAGAGCGACCCGACCGACGAGCUGCUCACCGUCACCGGCCUCUUCACCCACUUCUUUGGCCUGGACACGACGCUCGAGGAGCGACACUUUUUCCGCAAGCUGGCCAGGCUGAUCGGCACGCGGGCCGCCCGGCUGAGCAGCUGUGGCAUCGCCGCCCUCGUGACAAAGAUGGGCUACCUCGAGCAGGGCUGCGGCGUCGGAGCGGAUGGCAGUCUUUACUCCAAGUACCCCGGAUUCCCCGAUCGUCUUCACGAGGCGCUCGAAGACAUUUUCGGCGAAAAGGGCAAGAAGAUCCGCACCUACCAGGCCGAGGAUGGCUCGGGCGUCGGUUCGGCCAUCAUUGCGGCCAUGACCAAGGCCAGGAAGGAGGCCGGCAUCCACGCGCACGUCUGA